AUUUGGUAUCCGCAUUAUAUUUUCCUUUGUUCUACAGAAUGUUGAAAGCUGGUGACUCCUUCCUUCAAAUGGCGUCUGGGAACCUUGUGGAAGCCCUCAUCAGACGUACACUCCUGGAAGACAGCAUACCAGGAAGUCAUGACCCUUCACCCCGGGUCGAUGAGGGGUCAAAGGUCAAAAGCAAGAAGCGACCUCGAGACGGUGACGGCAAUGGGGGUCAGAAGGGAGCUAAGGUAGGAAAGACACGAGCUGAUGGAGGAAAGACGAGCGGUAAGAAGAACUCGGAUCCACACAGUUCGAAAAAGGACAAAGGACCAGACAGUAAAAAAACAAAACAAAGUGAGAGGAUUGAAAUCGAGGGCGAGAAAAAAGAUGGAAUUGGUUCUGACCGUAACCAAGGUCAAGCAAAAGAAUCAGCAGAAGGUUCAGAUAAAGAUAAUGCUCGACCGACUGAAGGAGAAACGAAAUCGGAAUGCUUGCAGAAUGGAGAAAAGGCACUUCUUAGUGCCAAGAAAGUGAUUAUGGAAAAUAAUAAUGAGGAUAUGCUUUCGAAGAAACCUGAUAGUCAUCCAAAAGAAGAUAUCGAUCUUGUAGCAAAGGGCAGCACAAUUGCAGAUAUUUCUGUUUCGGAUGGCACUUAUAAAGCAGCUGAUAAAGAUAUUAAUGUACCAUUGAAGGACCAUCUUUCAAAAGACACUCAGAAUGAACGUACUAGCAAAGUGACAGAUACUAUUCCUGGUCAGCCAAAAGAACUACCAAAACCAUUAGAUCAGGUGAAAUCAAUUAGAUCGCAUACAAUAGGUGGGUUGACCAUUGCAAGUAUGAUAGAAAAGACAUUAGACGCAGGAAUAAUAUCUUCUCUCCGCGGUGAAAGGUUCAAGGACAUUGCACUGCCAAAGUCCAAGGGGAAGGACAAAGUUAGUCGGGAUAAGGACGAUGGGUGUGCCAUGAAAAUUGUUAACCAGAAAAAAGACGGCAAUUCUGAACCGUCUUUUGUAUCAUCAUCAGUCCCGUCAUCGAGUCCUCUGGGCGUCACUCCAGCUGUUGGAAAUAAGUACAGCGUUGAGCGUAUCUUGGCCGCACCAACACGAUCAGACAACCCUAAGAAAGACCUUCUCCUUAAAGGUAUUAUUCCUGCCACAAGAAAUGUUGAAGGUCAACGUACUUUUGAUCCUAAGAUCAUGACGUCCUCCUCUCGUAAGCUGAUGGCACCAUUCUCAAUUGACAUACCGAAUGUUUCAAAUGAGGCGCUCCCAAGUUCUUCAGUGACGUCAUCAGGCAACUCCACAGGGAAUACCCCUUCCGGGUCGGACAACUGUAUGGUUUCCCCUGAUGGUAGCGAAGGAUCUAUGUCAGGCAACCAUAGCGGAGCGAGCGACAACGGGGCUACUAGCCCAUCCUUGGGAGAUGGUAGCUCGUCCAAUCAGCAGAAUAAGAAGAAGAAGAGGAAGCGAUGUGGUGUUUGUAAGCCUUGUCUAACCAAACAGAACUGUGGCGAGUGCUCAAGCUGUAAGAACAGAAGAACAGGACAUCAGAUCUGUAAACAGCGGAAAUGCGUGGAGUUGAGAAAGAAAGCCUUGGCGGGCACUGGAGCUGGCCAGCAGCCUACUGGUCUGGUAGAUGUAGGGGCAGCUGUAGGGUCACCCAGGAUGAAGGGCGUACGGCCCCCAUCGUUAGCAACGGUAAGUUACUUUGCUUCCUCCAGUACGCAAAGGAAUUAAACCAUCCGAGGAUGUUUCCAGCUCCGGGAAUGAAUGCAGUGUAAAUUUGAGUGCUUGUCUGUAAAUAAAGGAACUUUACUUUGGCCUACUUGAACC